AUGCCCACCAGCGAGACCGAGUCCGUGAACACAGACAACGUCCCUGGAGCAGAUAUUGAAGGCGAAAACUGCGGUGCUAGACUAGCGCAUCGGAUCUCAAAAUCAAAGUUUAGUCGCUACUGGCGCCGAUGGAAUCGAUUCUGCAGAAGAAAGUGCCGCGCCGCUGUCAAGUCUAAUGUUUUCUACUGGUUGGUGAUUUUCCUUGUGUUUCUCAACACCCUCACCAUUGCCUCUGAACACUACAACCAGCCAGACUGGCUCACGGAGGUCCAAGACACUGCGAAUAAGGUGCUGCUAGCUCUUUUCACGGCAGAGAUGCUGCUGAAGAUGUACAGCCUUGGUCUCCAGGCCUAUUUUGUGUCCCUCUUCAACCGCUUUGACUGUUUCAUUGUGUGUGGAGGAAUCCUGGAAACAAUUUUGGUUGAGACAAAGAUCAUGUCACCACUGGGCAUUUCGGUGUUGAGAUGCGUUCGACUCCUAAGAAUAUUUAAAAUCACAAGAUACUGGAACUCCCUGAGUAACCUUGUGGCUUCACUCCUGAAUUCAGUCCGCUCCAUUGCCUCCCUGUUGCUGCUUCUCUUCCUCUUCAUUAUCAUAUUCUCACUCCUGGGGAUGCAGCUCUUUGGGGGCAAGUUUAACUUUGAUGAGAUGCAGACCAGGAGGAGUACAUUCGACAACUUCCCCCAGUCCCUCCUCACUGUGUUUCAGAUCCUGACUGGGGAGGACUGGAAUUCGGUGAUGUAUGAUGGGAUCAUGGCUUAUGGCGGCCCCUCUUUUCCAGGAAUGUUGGUCUGUAUUUACUUCAUCAUCCUCUUCAUCUGUGGAAACUGUAUCCUUUUGAAUGUAUUUUUGGCCAUUGCUGUGGACAACCUUGCUGAUGCUGAGAGUUUAACAUCUGCACAGAAAGAGGAGGAAGAGGAAAAAGAAAGGAAAAAGCUAGCUAGGACUGCUAGUCCCGAAAAGAAACAGGAGAUAGAAAAAACAGCUGUGGAGGAGGAGACAAAGGAGGAGAAAAUUGAGCUGAAAUCGAUCACUGCUGAUGGAGAAUCCCCGCCUGCUACCAAGAUCAAUGUGGAUGAUUAUCAGCCCAAUGAAAACGAAGAAAAGACCCCAUAUCCCACAACAGAAGCGCCAGCAGAGGAAGAUGAGGAAGAACCCGAGAUGCCUGUCGGCCCUCGGCCUCGCCCGAUGUCUGAGCUGCACCUCAAGGAAAAGGCUGUGCCUAUGCCUGAUGCCAGUGCUUUUUUCAUCUUCAGUCCUAAUAACAGGUUUCGUGUCCACUGCCAUCGAAUCGUUAACGAUAACAUUUUCACCAACCUGAUCCUAUUUUUCAUCUUGCUCAGCAGCAUCUCCCUGGCAGCUGAGGACCCCGUCCGACACCUCUCCUUUAGGAACCAAAUUCUCUUUUAUUUUGAUAUAGUUUUUACUGUCAUUUUCACCAUUGAAAUUGCUCUGAAGAUCCUAGGCAAUGCAGACUAUGUCUUCACUAGUAUCUUUACAUUAGAAAUUAUUCUUAAGAUGACCGCAUACGGGGCUUUUCUCCAUAAGGGCUCCUUCUGCAGAAACUAUUUCAACAUCUUAGACCUGCUGGUGGUCAGCGUUUCUCUCAUCUCUUUUGGGAUCCAGUCCAGUGCCAUCAAUGUGGUGAAGAUCCUGCGUGUCCUGCGAGUGCUUAGACCACUGAGGGCCAUCAAUAGAGCCAAAGGACUAAAGCAUGUGGUCCAGUGUGUGUUUGUCGCCAUCCGAACCAUCGGAAACAUUGUGAUUGUCACCACUUUGCUGCAGUUCAUGUUUGCCUGCAUUGGAGUUCAGUUGUUUAAGGGCAAGCUUUACAGCUGCACUGAUAGCUCCAAGCAGACAGCAGCAGAAUGCAGAGGGUACUACAUUACGUACAAGGAUGGUGAGGUCAACCAGCCGAUGAUACAGCCCCGGAGCUGGGAGAACAGCAAGUUUGACUUCGACAACGUCUUGACUGCCAUGAUGGCCCUCUUCACUGUCUCAACCUUUGAGGGCUGGCCAGAGUUGCUGUAUAGGUCCAUUGAUUCCCACAUGGAGGAUGUGGGACCCAUCUAUAAUCACAGGGUUGAGAUCUCCAUCUUCUUUAUUAUCUACAUCAUCAUCAUUGCUUUCUUCAUGAUGAACAUCUUCGUUGGUUUCGUCAUCGUCACAUUUCAGGAACAAGGAGAACAAGAGUACAAGAACUGUGAGCUGGACAAAAACCAGCGCCAGUGUGUAGAAUAUGCCCUGAAGGCCCGGCCCCUGCGGAGAUACAUCCCUAAAAACCAGUACCAGUACAAAGUUUGGUAUGUGGUCAACUCCACCUAUUUUGAAUACCUGAUGUUCGUUCUGAUCAUCUGCCUGGCCAUGCAACACUACGGUCAGAGCUGCAUGUUCAAGGAAGCCAUGAAUAUCCUCAACAUGCUCUUCACUGGCCUCUUCACUGUUGAGAUGGUCCUGAAAUUAAUCGCCUUUAAACCCAAGGGUUACUUUAGUGAUCCUUGGAAUGUUUUUGACUUCCUCAUCGUAAUUGGCAGCAUUAUAGACGUCAUUCUCAGUGAAACUAAUCACUAUUUCUGUGAUGCAUGGAAUACAUUUGACGCCUUGAUUGUUGUGGGUAGCAUUGUUGAUAUAGCAAUCACCGAGGUGAACCCAGCUGAACAUACCCAAUGCUCUUCCUCUAUGAACGCAGAGGAAAACUCUCGCAUCUCAAUCACCUUCUUCCGACUCUUCCGCGUGAUGCGUCUUGUGAAGCUGCUGAGCCGAGGGGAGGGCAUCCGGACGCUCCUUUGGACCUUCAUCAAGUCCUUCCAGGCUCUCCCCUAUGUGGCUCUUUUAAUAGUGAUGUUGUUCUUCAUCUACGCCGUGAUCGGGAUGCAGGUGUUUGGUAAAAUUGCGCUGAACGAUACCACAGAAAUCAACCGCAACAACAACUUCCAGACCUUCCCCCAGGCAGUGCUGCUGCUUUUCAGGUGUGCCACCGGUGAGGCCUGGCAGGAAAUCAUGCUGGCAUGUCUCCCAGACAAGAAGUGUGACCCAGAGUCGGAGCCGGCCAACUCCACUGAAGCCGAUCACUCCUGUGGCAGCAGCUUUGCCGUCUUCUAUUUCAUCAGCUUCUACAUGCUCUGUGCCUUCCUGAUCAUCAAUCUUUUUGUAGCUGUUAUAAUGGAUAACUUUGAUUACCUGACACGGGACUGGUCCAUUUUAGGACCACACCACCUGGAUGAGUUUAAAAGGAUCUGGGCAGAGUAUGACCCUGAAGCCAAGGGACGGAUCAAACACUUGGACGUGGUGACAUUGCUCCGGCGGAUUCAGCCCCCGCUGGGCUUCGGGAAGCUCUGCCCUCACCGGGUGGCUUGCAAA